UACAACAUCAACUGGUCCUAUGUAUUCUGUGAAUAUCUGGAACCGCGAUAUACGGUAGCUGGAGUGGAUACACGAUAUGUGCGCCAGUCGAAGAGCGAGCAAGUGCUGUUCAAAUCAACGUUCACAAACAGUACCGAACGUGCGCAAGAAUACUCGUUCAAAACACAUCGCUCGACGCGCAGUAUCGCCACCAUCUGCAUCGCUUUCGCUGUUUUUGAGCUGAAUCGGAUUUAUGUGGGAAAAUUUGGAAAGGAAAAGCAACAUUACAGAGAAAGGAGUAUGUCGUGGGAUGGACAUGCAGCUAAAGCUGAAAACUCCUUGUGA